GAGCACGUGACGGGGCCCGCGAGUUCGCAGUCGCAGCGGCAGCGCGUGUCUGUAGGUGGCAGUUACGCUGACGCACGUCGUUCCGACACAGACAAGAUUCAUGUGGAAGCUGCUACCCGACGCGGGCCCAGCCCGAGAACCAUACCGACUUCUGACGGGUGUGGAGUACGUGGUUGGAAGGAAAAACUGUGACAUCCUCAUUGAAAACGAUCAGUCCGUCAGUCGCAGUCACGCCACAUUAAUCACUGGCUUUCCCACGACCGGCCUGAGUCAAACACAUCAAAUCGCUAUAUUGACAAUAAAAGAUAAUUCUAAGUAUGGUACCUUUGUUAAUGACGAAAAAAUACAGAAUGGCCUUCCCCAAACUUUGCAGACAGGGGAUAGAAUUACUUUUGGAGUAUUUGAAAGUAAAUUCAGAGUGGAGUAUGAGCCUUUGAUUGCAUGCUCUUCUUGUUUAGAUGUCUCUGGGAAAACUACUUUAAAUCAAACCAUAUUGCAGCUUGGAGGACUUACUGUAAACAAUUGGACAGAAGAAUGUACUCACCUUGUCAUGGUAGCAGUUAAAGUUACCAUUAAAACAAUAUGUGCACUCAUCUGUGGAUGUCCGAUUGUAAAGCCAGAAUAUUUUACUGAAUUUCUUAAAGCAGUUCAGGCCAAGAAACAGCUUCCACAAAUUGAAAGUUUUUACCCACCUAUUGAUGAGCCGGCCAUUGGAAGUAAAAAUAUUGAUCUGUCAGGGCGGCAGGAAAGAAAGCAGAUCUUCAAAGGGAAGACAUUUGUGUUUCUGAAUGCCAAACAGCAUAAAAAAUUAAGUUCAGCUGUUGUUUUUGGAGGAGGAGAUGCCAAGUUGAUUACAGAAGAAAAUGAAGAAGACAGUUUCUUUUCAGCUCCUGGAACUUGUGUUGUUGAUAUAGGAAUGACAAAUUCACAGACUUUAAUUUCCAACUCUCAGAAAAAAUGGAUUCAUUCAAUUAUGGAUAUGCUCCAAAGGCAGGGUCUUAGACCUAUUCCUGAAGCAGAAAUUGGAUUGGCAGUUAUUUUCAUGACUACAGAGAAUUACUGUAAUCCUCAGGACCAGUCCAGUACAGGAUCCAGGACGAUGAUUCCAGGGCCAGGCCUUUCCCAAGGCUUGUCAGUCAAAGAGAAGCUCAUGUCAACUGCCCCAGUGAACACUAUGACAUAUGUCGCCAGCACAGAGUCAGAGCAAGCAGAUACAUGUAUGGAUUUGAGUGAAAGACCAAAAGAAAUCAAAAUCUCCAGAAUAGAACAGAAAUUCAGAAUGCCUUCACAAGAAGCAUCCACUGUAAAGGAAUCCCCCAAAAUAAGCUCUGAUAAUAGUACUGUAGUACUAAAUACUCUAGUUAGGAAGACAAUUCCAAACUAUCAUCUCUCACCAAUGAAGCUCCCAGGUGUAAACAGAGAUAGAGAUCGAGCUUCCCAACAGCCACAGGCCAACUCCAUCCGAAACUACUUCCAGCCAUCUACCAAGAAAAGGGAAAGGGAUGAAGAAAAUAAAGAAAUGUCAUCUAAAUCAGCAAAAAUGGAAAUGUCUUGUACUCUUCUGGGACAAGUGGAACCUGCUACACCUUCAAUAUGGAAAAAUGAGGAGCAGCACCUCUCUCAGAAUGAGCCAGUGGGGGAAGAAACAGAUAACUUACUUACAGAUGUGAAUUCAAAAUCCAUUGUGAAAAAUUCUUCCAAUAAAUCUCUUUCUACAGAAAAACUAAGAUCAGAAAAAAGGAAAAUUGAUGAUAUAGCUCUAGCAAAUGAAGUAUUGGAAGAAGUAUUCCAGAACACAAAACCAGAGUUAGAUUUUGAAGUGAAAAUUCAAAAACAAGAAGAUGUCAGAAUUAGAAAAAUGCCAAGAUUGGAUAUAGAAGCAAAUGGUUCUUUUAAAGAUGAAACAAUACCAGAGAGUGACAAAAUAUCUAACAGUGACAGCCUUCAGCAUGAUGGUGAGAUGCUUCCAAGGAAGAUGUUACUGACCGAAUUUAGAUCACUGGUGGUUAGUAACUCUGCCUCCAGAAAUGUACCCAGUGUAAAUGAUGAUUAUGGUCGACUAAAGAAUUUCAAAAAGUUCAGAAAGGUCACAUUUCCUGGAGCAGGAAAAUUUCCACAGAUCAUUGGAGGAUCAGAUCUAAUUGCUCAUCAUGCUCGAAAGAAUACAGAAUUAGAAGAGUGGUUAAGGCAGGAAAUGGAGGUGCAAAAUCAACAUGCAAAAGAAGAGUCUCUUGCUGAUGAUCUCUUUAGAUACAAUCCUAAUGUAAAAAGGAGACAAUAACUGAGGAUUUUAUAAAGAAGCUGUGGAAAACAUUUCCUGUCAAGCAUUACUUCAUGUUUCCUCUGGGAUAUAUCCAUAUAGUACAUACAAAGGAUUUAAGUUACAAAGAUCCUGUGGUCUGAAUUUGUUAAAUAAAAUUCACAAAACUCCAUUUCUUUUGUGUGUGGCAAGUAGUAUGGUUUGUUGUUUUCAGUCUUUGU